AUGCCUUUCAACCGCACCACCAUAUUAUUUGGAUGCAAUGGCACUGCACACUUCCAUCCCCACAAUAAAACCUUAGUUCUGGACUCCGUGAGGGCAGAGGAUGAAGGUGUUUAUGAAGAAACAGUGAUUUAUAUAAAUAACACUAUGGUCCUGUCAGUCAUUUGUAAGUACAUCAUAUUACCCUUCUAAUCCAUUUUUGUCUGUCCCCGUCUUUAUACCCAGCAUUGCCUGCUUUGCUUCAGAUUCAGUUGUGACCCAUUUCCAUAGAUAUCUUGACAUCGCUAACCGAUAAAUCCAGAUUUUUUUUCAUUGGGAGCACAUGUCCAUACAAUGGAAGUUACAAAAGUUGUAGAGUAAAAAAGUCACCAGACACAUGACUUAUUGGAUUCAAAUGCAGAGAUUCACAACUGAUUAACGUUUUGGUCUCUUUAGCUCCUCCCUCCACAUCAGUGUAAACUCCUCCCACAUGCUGCUGACAAUGACCUGUGAGGUCAAGGGUUCAAACCUCUCCUAUUGGUUGCUGAAGGAUGACUAGUCCUUCCUCCCAGAUGCCAGAUGGUUAUUGGGUGAGCGUAACCAAACCUUACAGGCAAACAACCUGACCAAGGCAGACUGUGGGAAAUACACCUGCUUGGUGGCCAACCAGGGAUGCCAGACAGAGGGACACCUCCAACUCACAGGUGAGAACAACCUAAAACUAACCCCUAAACUUAACCUAUGCCUCUGUCCAGCAUAGGAACAUUCUGUCCAUGUUCCAGGCUGACCACAUUGCAGUCGCCUGCCAGAUCUCACAAUGCCCGGAUAGGUGUUACACAUAUCAGCCAACCACAUCAUAUGAUAUAGCAAUCUGACGCCCGACUGCCAAGUUGAUACGGUGCAUGCAGCCAUUGGUUGAUAUGUGUAGCGCAACUGCAAUAUAGUCAGUCUGGAACACAACCUAAAACUAACCCUAAACGGAAACCAAGCCUCUGUCCAGCAUAGGAACAUACUCACAUAAUAAGUUCAUAUUGCCAUUGCUAAUUGUGGAUUAUCAGUAUCCAAAUGCCAGUUUGUUCUAACAUGAUCUGUCCCAUUUGUCUUUCUGAGCAGACGCCCUAUCCUCUGUGUGUAGGGAUAAAACUGCCCCAGCCACACUGCUGAUAGGCCAGAGAGAACUUUUCAUCAUGGUAAAGUUGGGCAUCAUCAUUGCCUGUAUCAGGAGAUAUCGCCAG